AUGCUGCCGCGGCUUGUGCCCUUGGCGGCUCAGAGCACGCUGCUAGGGCUACUGAUCAACCAGGCGACGCUACAAGGACCGCUAGAUGUGCUGCAACUGCUUGUGCUCGGCGAAUUUGCCAAACUGCUCUUGUCCAGUUGUAUCGCCAUAUGGCAAGCCCCCACUACGUCCCAACAGGGAGCGUCUACCUCCGCAAGACUCGCGACGCGCAUUGCUCACUUCAGCGCGACGCUACAAGAAGCAAGCCGAGGUCCCAAUGCGAUAGCAACAAGCCUUCUCUUUCCAGCGCUCGCCUAUAUUGCUCAAAACAUGCUUCUUCUAUCUGCUAUGCUCUGUAUGAACGCCGGCGUCUUCCAGAUGGUCUACCAAGCUCGUUGGCUUGUGUCCAUGGUAAUCGGUACUCUCGUUCUUCGUCGAUCAACGUCUUCUCGUCAGUAUGCUUCUGUCGGUCUCCUGCUCUUCGGCACUUUCCUCAUGUAUCUCGACGCGAGCACGACGCUCGACAAUGCACGCGCCGGCCCGAGCAGUCCUGCAGCCCACCAACGCGAGAUCCUCAUCUCCACCUUCAAAUACAGUCAUCGCAAUGAUUCUAGCUUCGACGGCAGGAUCGAGCCCUACCGAACCUCAUCGCCUUAUCCGCCCAUGGGCUCCUCGCCCGGCGCACGAGCCGAACAAGUCUUACAAGAGCUCGCACGUUCAGCUGAGAUGUCGAGCCACCUCUCCAACGGUGUCCUGUGCAUUCUUUUCGCUGCCGUCAUUGGCGAAGUCACCGCGAGCUACCUCGAGGGCUUCCAACGUUGGCUAUCGGCAGGCGUGUCUGGUCUUAAUCUCACUUGCUUCGAGUUGCUCGGCAGGCCCUAUUCGUCCAAGGACCUCACCUCCCCCUUGCCGCUAUCUUCUAGUACGUCCAGCACGAGAUCCAAUCUGCCUCUGUAUACGCCCGUCGGCAAUGCCUUGGAAGGCGUCCUCAUGCCGCCUGCUUAUGUCUCCCCCGACUGCUCAACGGGCGACAUGUCUGCCACGCUCAACAAUAGCAUCGACAGCCUCACAACGAGCAAGUCUGCUCUUGACCUGAGCAAGAGCUUUGCAGACUCGGCCACCUCGCGCCGCAACGGUCUGCCGGCUCGGAAGGACUCGGUCAGCUCGACGUCAGCUUUCGACAUAUCCUUUGGAGCUCGCGUCAGACGAUGCUCAGAGCGAGGCAAUACAGAACUGUUCGGAUCGAGAUCUGCCAGUGGCGCCAAUACGCCCAUCUCUGCCACGGCACGCUCCUUACCCUUUGCGCUCGAUGCUAGCAUCGGCAAACUGGAUCUGCAAGCCCGCCGUUCGAGCACAACUCCCGCCAUCAUCAAUGUCAUGCUGGCCGCCAUAUCGCUCGCAUUCUUGCUCGUCGCGCGUGUCUGUCUAUCAUCUUCGGAAGACGAUGCGAGCCUGUUCAGCUUCCCCGCCCGGCAGAGCAGCUUCCUUGCCUGGGCGAUCAUUGCGCAAGCAUCGCUAGGUCUCAUGCAUGGAAUCGUGCUUGUGGAAGUGCCAGCACAGACGAGGUUGCUCGCUGCACCCAUGUCGCUCAUCUUCACUGUCAUCUCAUCCGUCUACACGGUACCAGAUACUCGCUUACACACUAGCACUGUCAUCGGCAUCUUGGCCGUUGCCAUAGCCAGCUACAUGAUCAGCAAGACGAGCUUGGCUUCAACAAAGGAAACCAGCGAUUCAAGGAGCGCCUUCGCAAGCCCUGUCUCCGCGUCAGCCAGUCCUGCAGUCGAGCAGGUCGACAUGCUCAAGGGCUUGCGCCCUAUGAUGAUGGAGCGUACGCGUAGCCAGCAAUCACUUCUGCCUCGCACGCGGUAG